GUUCAUAUACAGUCAGUGUGUCCGACAAUCAAGGAAGGUCACUUGUGGUUGUGAGAAGGAUAAGCAUUACGCAAACGAGGAAAAAUGGUAGUGCAUAUAAUUUUCGCAAUUCUACUUGCAUGCGUUAGCAGAGGUAGUGCAAGUCCAAUAGAUCAUCCGAUAUCUUCCUUCGCUGCUAACUACAUUGUCGAUGGAUCGGAUGCAGAGGAGAAUGCGGCACCGUAUCAGGUUUCACUGCAGAUUGAUGGUAACAGCACAUGCAGUGGAUCGAUAGUCGGUGAUCGAUGGAUAUUGACAGCAGAGCACUGUGUGCCAUUGUUACAAUUUUUCUCCGAACGAUCUAACAACACUCGUGUUGUAGCAGGCACAAAUGAUUUGAAAAAGGGCGGCACACCGUAUUUUAUAGAUCGCUUUUUUAACUACGACAAUUGCUCAACGAUGCUAGUGCAUACAUUUAUGUUUAAUUCAACGCCUAAUGAUAUCGCGUUAAUACGUUUAACAACGCCGUUGAAAUUUAACGAGCGGGUAAAAAAGAUUGAAUUCACGACAGAAACUGUGCCGGAAAAUGCUACACUUACACUGACAGGAUGGGGACAAAUGAGAAAUGGGACGAGUCCUGCUAAGCUGCAAACCAUCAAUGCGCCCUCCAUAGGGAUUGAUCAUUGUCGGGCUAUUUAUAAUGAAACGUAUCUUAAUGACGGCACAAUUUGUAGUCUAUCAAAACGGGGCGAAGGAGCAUGUAUGGGAGAUUCUGGUGGCCCUGUGACAUGGAAAGGAAAACUGGUCGGUAUAUUCAAAGCAGUACACAACAAAGGGUGCGGUGAGGGAUUUCCAGAUAUCCACACAAGUGUUGCCUACUACUACAAAUGGAUAAAGGAUACUAUUGCUAAGAAUGGCGUUUAAAUUUAGGAAUUGAACCGAUCAGAAGCAAGGUUUUAAAUAUAUUUUAAAAAAUGAUGAAGCAUAA